AUGACACCCUCCGCUACGUCUAUAAUCGUACAGUCGACCGUUCUUGAAUUGGCCGCGGGCUACAAGGAGCUCGUCGGAGAGCCUCGCAUCGUUGGAUUGAAUGCGCAUCCUAAAUUCUCUCGUCUCCUUGGCAAAGCCAAGCGUAAAGACUUGAGCCCCAACCUCGGGACGGAGCUGCGUGAUGUCCAACUCAAGGACCUCACCAAUGAUCAGGUCGAAGAUCUUGCCGCCUUCGUUUCCAUCCGCGGUGUCGUCGUCUUCCGUGACCAGCAACUUAGCGUCGAAGACCACCUUGCAUUCGCGCAGCGUCUUGGAGACCUUCAGGAAACGAAUCAUCCAUGUUCCAAAGGACUGCAUCCUGCCUUGCUUCCUAUCGCCGCUGACAAGGACUCCAAGUUUGCUCCCGGCGAGGCAUGGCACUCAGACAUGUGCGAGGAGCCCUACCCACCAGGAUACUCCAUCCUCUACAUGGAAAAAGUUCCGGCAAGCGGCGGCGACACCUUGUACGCCAAUAUGUAUGCUGCAUAUGACAAACUCUCCCCGCCCAUGAAGAAGUUCCUCGAGGGCAAGACUGCCGUCACUCGCCGUGGCACCAGAAAAUACCGCGGGAACUUGGAGCAGGGCCGAAACACCGCGUGCUCCCAUCCGGUUAUCAGGACGCACCCGGUGACGGGGUGGCAGAUGCUGUUCACCAACGAGCCCUGUGCGGUCCACCUUGACGGCCACUCUCCAUUGGAGUCGGAACACAUCCUGCGUAUGCUGGCACAGCACAUUGAGAAGUCGCCCGAAUUCCAGAUUCGACUUCACUGGGAGGCCCAUUCGGUGGCUAUUUGGGACAACCGCGCCGUCCAGCACCAAGCCAUCUGGGACUACUGGCCCGCCGAGCGCAAGGGCCGUCGCGUCGCUGUCAUCGGUGGCAAGCCAUACUACGAUCCGAACGGGAAGUCACAGGCCGAGGAGUGGGGUGAAAACGAGGCACCGAGGUUCUUGCGCCACGCGGAGGAGUAA